CUUUUAUUCCAAAUUGUAUUUUCAGAUAUGUUGCUACUGUAUGGUUUUCCCUGUAGUUUGUGGUUUAAAAAGUCGAUAAUUUAAAAUUGAAACCCUUUCACGAACAUUUAUACACCUCUGGUGGAAUUUAUAAUCGAUGACUAGUGGUUUUUCACUAACAAAGAGAGAAUGGAAACUUGAUAUAAAAAUGACUAGUCGAAAUUCUCAAACAUAGUUCCUGAUCGUAUUUCAUACAGUUAAUAUAUAUCAGCAAUCCACAAUGAAGUCCCACCUUGUGAUGUUUUUUGCGUUGUUAUCCUACGCUUCUUCUACACACCAUCAUCACAAGACCAUAAAGGAGGAACACCAUUAUGCACCACACCAUGAAACACACGUUAGAGAAGUCAUAUCUCUGCCCAAACCGAUUCUGCCCAUCAUACCACCCCCAGUUCAUCAUUCCCAUGUAACUCUAGAUAAGACUCUCCCAUUCCCUUUUCCUCCAGUAAUUCCUCCCCUCAAAGCCAAAACCAUCCACAAGCAUCAUCAUAAAAUCCCCAACUUGCUUCCACCUCCGUUUGUUAAAGCUCUACCGGUACCAGUUCCUGCUGUGAAACACCAUGUAUCACUUGUCCCAUCUCCUGUUCAUCAUGUCACCUUAAAUAAGCCUCUCCCACCCCCUCUUCUUCCUGUAAUCCAAGCAGCUAAAGGUAUCCACAAGCAUCAUCAUGAAGUGCCAAAGCUGAUUCCUCCUCCAAUUUUGAAGGCUCUAGCGGUUCCUGCUGUGAAUCACCAUGUACCAGUGGCACCAUUAGCGGUAGUUACAAAACCACUGGUUCCAUUUGGAAAAGAUCACCACAAGAUCAACAUCCACGAGCAUAUUGAUGAGAGAUAUAUUUAUUAAUUGAUAAUUUUAUGUCUUGUAGAUUUUAUUUUUCGAUUUUGAAUUUUAGUGUAGGAAUUAUUUAACCAGAUGUAUUUGGAUUGACUUUCGAUAAAUUGUUAAUAUGUA